ACGGAGAUAAAUUAUUAUAAAUGAAUGGUACCUUACAAUGAACUCUACGUUUCCUUUCUCAGCUCUCCAAAAAUAAUUUAACCGCCGGGAUGUCGCCGUCUGCCGGAGUCCACGUCCCUCUCUUGACUGGAUCUAUACCGGCGGCGGAACAUGGUUCUGUACCCGGCGCCGUAUUUAACGUCGCCACAAGCAUAAUUGGCGCUGGAAUCAUGUCAAUCCCAGCGAUUCUAAAGGUUCUCGGCGUGAUUCCCUCUUUUGCCUUGAUUCUCAUCGUUGCCGUUUUGGCUGAAGUUUCCGUGGACUUUCUCAUGCGUUUUACGCAUGCCGGUGAAACGACGACGUAUGCUGGUGUUAUGAGCGAGGCUUUUGGAUCCGUUGGAGCAUUAACCGCUCAAGUUUGUGUUAUAAUUACAAACUUUGGUGGUUUAAUUCUCUACCUUAUUAUCAUCGGGGAUGUUUUAUCUGGAAAGGAAGGUGGUGAUGAAUUGCAUUUGGGAAUUUUGCAGCAGUGGUUUGGGAUUCACUGGUGGAAUUCCCGGGAAGUUGCUCUUCUUAUCACUUUGGUUCUUGUUAUGCUUCCAUUGGUCUUGUACAGACGUGUAGAAUCCUUGAAGUACAGUUCUGCAAUAUCAACUCUUCUUGCUGUGGUAUUUGUUGGCAUUUGUUCUGGAUUGGCUAUAGUUGCUUUGGUGCAAGGAAAAACACAAACUCCUAGAUUGGUUCCUCGAUUAGACUACCAGACAUCGUUCUUUGAUUUGUUCACUGCAGUUCCUGUUGUAGUCUCAGCAUUCACAUUUCAUUUCAAUGUACAUCCAAUUGGUUUUGAGCUUGCAAAACCAUCUGAUAUGAAAACAGCAGUUCGAAUUGCAAUAAUGUUUUGUGCUGUUGUCUACUUCACAAUUGGUCUAUUUGGGUACCUCUUAUUUGGAGAUUCAACACAGUCAGAUAUUCUGAUCAAUUUUGAUCAGAGUUCUGAUUCUGUUGUUGGUUCUUUGUUUAAUGGUUUAAUUCGUGUAAGCUAUGCACUCCACAUCAUGUUGGUAUUCCCUCUUGUGAAUUUCUCUUUAAGAGCCAACAUUGAUGAACUCUUAUUCCCUAAGAAGCCUAUAACCACAGACAACAAGAGAUUUGUGAUUCUCACUCUUGUGCUCCUAGUAUUCUCCUAUCUUGCUGCUAUAGCAAUUCCAGAUAUUUGGUACUUCUUUCAGUUUCUAGGAUCAACAACUGCAUUGUGCCUUGCAUUCAUUUUCCCUGGCACUAUUGUUUUAAGGGAUGCUCUUGGCAUAUCAACAAGAAAGGACAAAAUAAUAGCACUGGUUAUGAUUAUACUUGCAGUAGUGACAAGUGUAAUUGCCAUUUCCACAAACAUAUACAAUGCUUUAAGUAGCAAGUCAUAAAGUUGGUGUUGUCUUUUCCCGUUUCCCUUUCUACUACAGGAAAUUUGAUUGGGAGAGUUGGGGCGUGGAAGGCCAAAAAAUUCCAAUGGCACUUGUUUGUUUUGGCCAUGUUUCUUUUGUAUAAAUCAUGUACGUUGUGUAGAGUAUCGAAGUAUCAAAGCAAUGGAAAUAAAUGCUUAGAUGAAACGUGACAAAGUUUGAAGCUGGCCUAUCAUACAAGAUUGUGCCGUGCAAGGAUCUUAAUAUUGUAUAAGUCACUUCCGUAUGAACCUAGUUAUUGUUUCAAUGACCUGGCCAGCUCUUUGUAAAUUAUUAAAUGUCCAAUGUCAUGACCUUGUAAAAUUUGUCUUAAAUGCACUUUUGAUAUAUCUGUUUUGCUUGAAAUAA